AUGGCUACAGACCAACUUCAAUCUCUCUGGGCGGAUGCUCAGACAUCUUUCGAAGCCCUCCAGAAGGCCCAGUCGGAAACAGCUCGAACCGAAGCUCUGGCUAAAGUCACCAAGCUCCAGCGAGCUCUCGAGCAGCCCAAGGAUGCCAUCCUGAAGCUUUCAUACCAGCCCAUGGUAUUCAUGGCCCUCAAAAUCGCUCACGAUAUGGGUGUCUUCCCCGUCCUGGAGAAAGCGACGUCCCCUGUCUCUGCAGAGGAACUGGCAGCAGUCAAGCCCGCAGACCCUCUCCUUCUCCAGCGUAUAAUGCGGCUCCUCGUCUCUUUCGAUAUCGUCGAAGAGCCCUCGCCCAGUGCCUACCUCCCAACAGCCAUCUCAAAGGCCAUGGUCAACCGAGCCACCAUCGGCACAGUCGAGUCUCUAUUCUGCGAAUUCCUCCCCAUCCUCACAAAAACCCCCUCAUACCUCGCUGCCACAAACUACCAAAACCCGCAAGACCCCCUACACUCCCCCCUCCAAUACACCCACAACGUCUCAACCGACGGCUUCACCUGGCUCUGCCAACACCCCGACGCCCUCACCCGCUUCAACAACUUCAUGGAAGGCCAGCGCGCAAACCGCGUACACUGGGGCGACUGGUUCCCGAUCCAGGAGCGCGUUCUCGACGGCGCAGACAGGAGUAACCCCGAGCGCGCGCUGCUAGUUGAUAUUGGCGGCGGUCGCGGGCACGAUCUCAUGCUCUUCCAGCAGAGAUUCCCGGAUGCGCCGGGGAAACUGGUACUGGAGGAUCUGCCGAGUGUGAUUGAUGAGGCGGCUGCUGAGUUGGGGAAGUGUGGGAUUGAGGGCGUCAAGUAUGAUUUCUUCAAGGAGGCGAAUCCGGUUAAAGGAGCCCGGGUGUACUACUUCAAAUUCGUCUUCCACGACUGGUCCGAUUCGAAAGCGCGCGUGCUGCUCAACUACGUCGUUGCUGCUAUGGAGGCUGGAUACUCCAAGCUGGUGAUUGAGGAGUAUAUCCUGCCGGAUAAGAAUGCAGAGUUUCUGCAUGGAACAACAGAUAUGGCGGUCUUGAUGUUCUGCUCUGGACUUGAGCGCACGCGCAGUCAGUGGAAGAGUCUGCUGGAGUCUGUGGGACUGCAGCCGACGUUCUGGACUCGUGAGGGAGAGGGACUUGGUGUUAUCGAGUCGGUUUUGCCGGUUGCGAAUGGAACAAAUGGGCAGUAG